CAGAUAUUCUGUUUGGAUCAUAGAAGGUAUUUAAUUAGAAACUUCGUGGACAGGAGCCAAUUCCAAUGACAUGGACAGUCACUAACACUGAAGCAUGGUUUUAAAGUUUCUUCUCCUUUACUUGUUUCUCCUAGAUUUUCAGGCUCAAUCAUGCUUUGCACAAAACGACGUGUUUCUUCCAUCAGCCAAGGUGAAGACGUUGGAACCCGAGAUCACGACCUCGACUCCUCUGCCCGUGACCGAGAGGAACCUGUGGGGAAUAAGAAUGUGGCAGGUGGCGGGAUUAGCCUUCCUGUCCACCGUAGUGCUUGUCAUAUUUUGUUGCUGCCUCUGUGACUGUCGUAUCCCUAAGACUACUUAUGACAAAGAGGAAAAGCCACAAGAAGACAGUGACUGCAGUGACAUUGAACCAGCGGUUACCGUCUGUCAAGCACCAGUGGUGACACAAAAGCAAGAGCCUGAGGGCGAGAAAAUGCUGGUUAACGGUUCCUCUCCCCAGGAACGUCACAGGGGCUCCAGAAAACACGAGAUAGGAAAAGCAAAUUCUGCUUUCGAGAACGACGGCGAAAAUUCUGCUCUGCAUAAUGAAAACUGGAUAGGAAAGCCGCGUAUUUCAUUCAGCCGGCAGCCCUAAAACAUAUUACGGUGUUGAUAUAAACUGAGGAGUGCACAGAGCUAAAGAAAAGCACUAACGUCCCAAUUAAGACAACGCAUAACUUUAUUUUAAUGGAGAUGACUUACUAGUCUUACGGACAAGUUCAAGUCUGUUAUACAAUUACUCCCAUAGCUUUCUCAAGAAUAGUUUAAUCACAUUAUACUGCGACUAAUAUCAGUUGAAGAGGUAAAAUUUAGGUUUCAACGACAAAUGAAGCGGAAACAUACCCGCAUACAUUCGUCAUCUCUUCCGAAGAAAUCCUCGACACUUUUCUAUACCAAGUGGUCCUUUAUAGCAGCCAUCUCUAUUCUAAAAAGUUUCUACCUUUUGCACAAAUAUUACAAAUGUCAUACUGCAGUUUGCACGCAACCUCAGGUGACGUUCCAUUACCAUAAAAUAAAAAUAUUUGCUUCCAAAAAAGUGGUACUCCAUAUCAAGUUAUAUUCUCAACAUUCAAUAAAAGUUUUUAC